UUUUAAUAUUUUUAAUUUUAACAGAGAAGGAGGAAUAAAAAUGGGGAAAACCAUUUAUCUCUGCUUCAUAGUAGCAGUGUUUUGCUGCUCUGUAUUGUGUGACCACCAUGGUGAACAUUCAAAGCACCACCAUGAUAAACAUCACAGUGGUCACGAGCACAAACCUCAUCAUGAACAUCCACAUAAGCAUGAUGAAAAGGAAUUCCAGAUUGCAGAACCCAAUGCCUUGUUUGCCUUCAGAUUAUAUAAUAAAAUAGCAUCGCAAGCUGAUGAAGGUUCCAAAAACCUCUUUUUUUCUCCACUGGGAAUUUCUUUUGCUCUUUCAAUGUUAUCUGUGGGAGCGAAGGGUGAAUCUCAUGACCAGAUGUUUGAAGGAUUAGGAUUCAACCGAACCGAAUUAAAUGAAACCUUGGUGAAUGAGGCUUUUGAGCAUCUUGUCAAAACCCAAGCAAAGCAUGAAAAUUUGGAGCUUUCAACUGGGGGUGCGGUCUUCAUGGAAGAUAGCUUUAAGCCAAAACCCACAUUUUUGGAAGACAUUAAGCAUUAUUAUCAUGCAGAAGGUUUCAAUGUAAAUUUCAAAAAUUCAACGGAGGCCACUGCUGUAAUCAAUCACUAUGUAGAAAAAAAAACCCACGGCAAAAUUACUGAUUUGGUCAAAUAUUUGGACCCACACACUGUAAUGUAUCUGCUUAGCUAUAUAUUCUUCAAAGGAAAAUGGGAAAAACCUUUUGUGAAAGAAGUAACCCGAAAACAUGAUUUCCACGUUAAUAAUGAAACUACAGUGGUAGUCGAUAUGAUGUAUAAGGAUUCUUACUUUGAAAACUAUGAGGACACUGAUCUGGGCGCACAGGUGCUGAAACUCCCCUACAACUCUGGUACUUCUAUGCUGCUUGUUAAACCCACAAAGGAUAUUCAUCAAGUAGAAAAAUUAUGGUGUAAGCAACACCUGAAGAAGUGGAAAAAAAAUCUGCAGAAAAGCCGACUAGCAAUUUAUGUGCCAAAAUUUUCAGUGAGUUCUUCUUACUCUCUCCAAAAAGUGCUCUCUGAAAUGGGAAUGACAGAUAUAUUUAGUGAUAAAGCUGACCUCUCAGGUAUCAGUGAUGAGACAAAGCUGAAAGUAUCCAAGAUUGUUCACAAAGCUGUUUUGGAUGUUGAUGAGACAGGAAGUGAAGCAGCAGCAGGCACUGGUGCUGAAAUAAUCCCAAUGUCACUUCCUCCUUCACUGACAUUUGAUAAGCCCUUCCUGCUUCUCAUUCUUGACCAUAAUACCAAGAGCAUUCUUUUCAUGGGUAAAAUAGUUAAUCCUACAGCAAAGUGAAUAUGCAAAUAACAUCAAACAUUCAGAAGUCAGAUAGCC